AUGUCCCGACCGCCUGGUGCCAUCCCGCCCCCUCACCCCGGUGGAGGAGUGGCCACUGGAGUCGGACCCAACCAGGGAUCAGGACCCCCUCCAGGCUACGUGGGCAACCAGCAGCAGGCCAUGAUGAAGCAGAUGAUGGCCAUGGAGCAGGAGAAGAGAGUCCAGAUGCACAUGAUGGAGCAGCAGAAACAGCAGCUCUUCCGAGAGCAGAGGCAGCAGCAGCAGCAGCAGCUGUUGGCUGAACAGCUUCAGCAGCAGCAGCAUCUUCCGCGACAGAUGGGGCACGGCCAGAGGAAUCCAUACCCUCCAGUCAAUCAGUACCAAGGACCUCCCCAAGAGCUGGCAUCGCGGAGUCAGGCUCUCCAGAACAUCCGCGCAGCACGCCUUCUGCAGCAGCAGAACCAGCAGCAAAUGGUCCAGAUGGGAUCGGUCCAAGGACAGGGAGGCUCCGUGGGACCUCAGUCCGACAUGGGACUACCGUACGGCAACCAAGCAUCUAAUCAGGGGUCUCUCUAUGGACUCAACCCCAGCAUGAGCCAAAUGAUGCACCAGCAGCACCAAAGCCAAGGUGUCCAGCCCCCCAUGGGACUUCAAGCACAGCACAACCCAGCGGCGGGGCCUCGGCAGGCGGGACCAGGAGUGGGGGGCAUGCCCGGUGGUCCGGGAGCUCCAGGAUAUGGAGGCCAGGGGAUGAUGAUGCAGCAGUCCCUAAAAGGACCUCCCAAUGCCAAAGCACAGGCUCAGAGACUGCAAAGCAUGCUGGGAGCCGGAGGGGGAGGAGGUCCAGGUCUGGGGGCGGGUGGCUGGCCGCAGCAGCAGGGACAGGGGCUGGUGAACAGGACUACAGGGGGAGACAUGGUGGGCUUCAGCUCCACACAGGGCUACAUGCAGCCUGGACAGCCACGCAUGGCAAAGCAACACUUUCAGGGCCCAGGACAAGGCAUGAGCCAGGCCAUGGACCCACGGGUAGGAAACCCCGCAGCAGCAAUGGGCGGCCCCAUGAUGGGCCCUCACAUGAGCGGCCAGCCCAGGACCAACCAGCCGCGGCCCAUGGUCAUGAACCAGGGUAUGAACCAGGGGGUGAUGGGACAGGGAAUGAGCUCCAUGGGAGGGUUCGGCCCUGGACCUGGGGGUCCCAGCAUAGCUGGAGGAGGAGCAGGGGGACCAUACGGACCAGGGGGUGUCACGGGUCAGCCACAGAGUUACCAGAGGACACCAAAUCAGGACAUGUCAACGUACGGUUACGGGGGCGGGCCCUCGGGUGGGGCAGCCUUCGGUCUGGGCGAUGGCUCAGGGGCUGAGUUGGACUCGAGUGACGGUUGGAUGGAGGAGUUUUUCCCAGGACAAUAG